CUUUGCGCCUCCUCCGCCAGAACCUCAAGAGAAAGACGCCAGCCGCCUCGGCCCUCGCCUUACCGCGCUCCCGGAGCAUCCGAUCCCGCUGCUCACCGGCUUGUUGACUUCCGUGUCGCCGUGCUCGCUCCGGCUCCUUCUGCGCGCCACAAUGAGUUCCAGCACCGCCAGGGCGCUUGCUGUCGCCGUCACCCUUCUCCACUUGACCAGGCUGGCACUCUCCACCUGCCCUGCCGCUUGCCACUGCCCUCUGGAGGCGCCCAAGUGCGCCCCAGGAGUCGGCUUGGUCCGGGAUGGUUGCGGCUGCUGCAAGGUCUGCGCCAAACAGCUCAACGAGGACUGCAGCAAAACGCAGCCCUGCGACCACACCAAAGGGCUGGAAUGCAAUUUCGGCGCCAGCUCCACCGCUCUGAAAGGGAUCUGCAGAGCUCAGUCAGAAGGCAGACCCUGUGAAUAUAACUCCAGAAUCUAUCAGAACGGGGAAAGUUUCCAGCCCAACUGUAAACACCAGUGCACUUGCAUUGAUGGCGCCGUGGGCUGCAUUCCUCUGUGUCCCCAAGAACUGUCUCUCCCCAAUCUGGGCUGUCCCAACCCCCGGCUGGUGAAAGUCAGUGGGCAGUGCUGUGAGGAGUGGGUCUGUGAUGAAGACAGCAUUAAGGACUCCCUGGACGACCAGGAUGACCUCCUCGGACCCGAUGCCUCUGAGGUGGAAUUAACGAGAAACAACGAGUUAAUCGCAGUUGGAAAAGGCAGCUUACUGAAGAGGCUUCCUGUCUUUGGCACGGAGCCGCGAGUGCUUUACAACCCUUUGCAUGGCCAGAAGUGUAUCGUUCAGACCACACCAUGGUCCCAGUGCUCCAAGAGCUGCGGGACUGGCAUCUCCACUCGAGUAACCAAUGACAACCCAGAGUGCCGCCUGGUGAAAGAGACCCGGAUCUGUGAAGUGCGUCCUUGUGGACAAUCGGUGUACAGCAGCCUGAAAAAGGGCAAGAAAUGCAGCAAGACCAAGAAAUCCCCAGAACCAGUCAGGUUUACUUAUGCAGGAUGCUCCAGUGUGAAGAAAUACCGGCCCAAAUACUGCGGCUCCUGCGUGGACGGCCGGUGCUGCACGCCUCUACAGACCAGGACAGUGAAGAUGAGGUUCCGAUGCGAAGAUGGAGAAAUGUUCUCCAAGAAUGUCAUGAUGAUUCAGUCCUGCAAAUGUAACUACAACUGCCCGCACCCUAACGAGGCAUCUUUCCGCCUCUACAGUCUGUUCAAUGACAUCCACAAAUUCAGGGACUAAGUGCCUCCUGAGUACCUGGAGUGCGCCGUGGAUGUGUGCAUCGUGGAGACGUGGGUGGGGUGGUGGGGUGAAGGGGCUCAUUGUAGAAGGGAUGCCUUGCU